AUGAUACAGUGGAAACAACGCUUGUAUGCGUUUCUACUGAGACGAAUUCUGGGACCUUUCCUAGAUUCCGAGUCGUAUCAGAAACUCCACGACUCUAUUGAUGUUUCCUUUCAAGAAGGAAAGUUUGUGCUAAAGGAUAUUGGUCUCAAUGCAGACUACUUGACAGAAAAGUUGAUACAGUCCAAAUGUCCCGGAUUGUCGAUUGUGAAUGCCAAGGUGGAUCGUUUGGAAAUUAGUCUCAUGUUGAAGGAAACUUCCACAUUACAGGGUGACGAUAAUAAUGACUCUUCUGCACCCGCUACCAGAAAUAGUAGCUUUGCGUGGAGGGCCAUGAAAUUUGGAACAUCAUCCACAGAUGUUCCGGCGGUUGCCUUGUUUGCGGCAAUUGAAAUUGAUGGAAUCACAAUGGAAGUAGAAGCCAGCAGCGACCAUCGGCAUCCCACACGGUCACGGCAGGCUCCACUCCCCACCACCACCCCUGCCAAAACAUCAUCAUCGUCGGAAGCAGAAACAAAAGCAGAACCAUCAUCCAAAGGCUUAAUUGGAUCCUACGUUGAUGCAGCACUUGCCUCGCUGCAGCUAACGCUAAAAGUCACGAAGACCCAAGUGAUACUCCGCCAGAAACCAACCGGAACGGAAGAAUUCCAACCAUGGGUAUCCUUUGGGCUGUCGUCGAUUAGCUAUCAAGACGUUGACGUUUCUCGGAACCCUUCGGAAACCAAAACAAUCUUUAAAAAGGUGGUGGAUGUCUCCGAAAUUACCGUCCAGGCGGGAGAACGAAAAGUGGGUGUGGGCAGCGUGGUGACCCACCCGCAGUCGACCGUGGCUCUGGCCAAGGGGUCGGGACAAGUGCAACUGCGAGUAUUUGAGAGUACAAUGAAUGACGGAUCGACGACAAAUAUACAACGAGAUGUAGAAGUCAAUCUGAAUCAUCAAUUGCACCUAUCUGUGGAUAUUUUUUCCAUUCAGCAAAUCAAGUCGGUCCUGAAUGCUGUUGCUCAAGCGUCCGAUCCGGUCCAUGACGAUGAUUAUUCCAAAGAGCCAAUCGAGAUCAACAUGACCUCACUGGCUGGGAGUCCACUGAAUAAUAAUUCCACGGAUCGAGAGGAUAUUCAAGCGCUCAGUGUGAUUAUGAAACAGUAUCGAGAAGCCUAUCAUUUGGCGGAAAAUAAGCAACUGAAGGGCGGCGUCUUGAUUCCUACUAGCGCUUACAGAGAUGAUGGUGAUGUCAUGGUGGAAGAAGAUCCCGAGGGUGAUGGAUCCUUUGAUUUGUUUUUCGAUGCCAACGAUCAGAGUUUCUACAAUGCCGCGUCUGUUCUGGCAGAGAGCCAAAGGAUACAAGAAGAGUCAAUUCACAAGGAUGGAGAGAGUAGUGGUGAUGUAGUCAGCACCAAAGUUCGGUUUCAUUUGCAAAGAGCUGGGGUUAAAAUUGUCUUUCGCGAAUCAUCAGGUGGAAGGAGGAGUUUGGCCAUGUGUGAUGAAUACGUCCUCUUGACCAUGGAGGAUUUGAAUAUUUUGUACCGCAAGUCAAGUACAUCGUCUGAAUCGACUGUCAGUAUUGCGCAUCUAGUUAUUGAAGAUGCCCAACUGGAUCGAAGCAAGAGACCCAUAGGAAGUGUUUCGAUCGGUGGUGGGCCAAUUGUCGAGGGUGUUUUGGAUAUUGACACUCUCGUUGGAUUCAAUUCGUCUGACGAUGAAGGCGAAAUUGAUCAAGUUUUAUUUGAAGCUCCUUGCAUCAGUGUAUCAGUCAAGAAAGAUAUCAAUACAAAUGAAGAUACUCCGGAUUCGGUCGUUUGUGAAGCUUCAUUUUUGCCCUUGGAAGUUUGCAUCCGACAACGAACAUUAGCCAACAUAUCCAAUUUUGCAAACCAAGUUGGUGAUUCCACUCCCAAAGCCUCCAGCAAACAUGCGACGAAAUCAGAGAAAACGAAGCAACAGAUGGUAUUUGCACAAUUUAGUUGUCCGUCCAUCACUGUUGGCAUUCCUUUGAGUCGCGGGGUGCCCACAGCCCAAUUAUUUCAUCGUCACCAGACGGUGUUGCAAAAUGCCCCAAAGAAGGGGACGUGGCUGGGAUUUCUGAUGCUCAACAAUUCAUUCGAAUGGAAUGCAUUUCCAAAAGAGAACCAUCCUGACAUUAUGGUAGAAACUGGAACAUACAUGGCUCAUCAUAUGCUCAUGUUUGUUCAGUCGCCAGUAGGAGAUGUAGUUGAUGUGGAUGCUGCCAUACGAAGGGCUGAUAUAUUUGUAGCGAAUGGACGGGUGGAGGUAAAUCCUGUCACACCCAUAACGAUCGAGGUGAAGCGAAAUCACGAUGACGCUGGAAGGGAUUCUUUUCCUUUGGUGCCAUCGAUUUCAUCAUUCAAAGCGAGACAAGAAGAUGACGACGAAGACCUCAAGAUUGAUAAGCUCUUGUUCUCCAAAAUGGGAGAUGUCCACGCGGACUCCCGAAAGGAGCUUCGUGGAUCGGAUCCGCAAUUUGGAAUGGCUUCAGAAUCAGAGAAAGCAGAUACUGUUGUUUCGGUCAGCAUACCUGAAAUUGCCAUCGAGGCUACAAAAUCAGAAAUGGAGACUGUUUUGAAGGUGCUGGAAGCAUUGAAACCAGUGGAUGAACCAAAUGCUGGCACCAAAACGGACAGGCUAGACGAGCCAGCUGUCGCAUCGUCUUCAUCAAGGACUUGUAUCGCUCUGAAUGUAUCAAAGACGACUGUUGUUCUGAAAGAAGAUGUGAAAGAAACUGGUGGCAACGAAGACGCCUUUUCGUUGUUGGUUGCUCUUGACACAUUCAAAAUCCAUGCUCUGAAGCAGGGCUCGUCAACGCAACAUGUCCGUGUCUUGGCGCAUGAUCCAUGCGUCUACGAAGUUUAUCAUAAACCUACAGAACACAUGGAGCAACAAAGCGUGGACGAAGAUGGGUUGUCUCGAAUAGAGUACUUUCGACGGCGGCUGAAUUUGUAUUCUAGCCGUUUCACUGCACCCAUCCUAUUCAGAUCCCAAAUGUUUUCUCCAAUGUCACGGGAAAGCCCUUCCAUCCUUCUUGAUUACAUUGACACAACUGUGGAAAAGUCCUCGAGAAGCAGUAGAAGUGAAGGCAAACGAGUGCAUUUUACCUUGUACCAUUUAACGCAUCGAUUCAAUGUGGAUUCCAAAUGGACCGAGCGAUUGGCUGAUGUUUUGCCCAGCAGGACUUCCAACAAAGAAGAAUCCGAUGGCCUCACUACCAUAGAAACCCGAAAGGAGAAGAGGGAAAUUACAAAGGUCUACAUUUCGCUUGCUGAUGUCAAUUUUGAUUACACACCGCCAGACUACUUCGAGACAUCAUCUCGCACGAUUCUUAGACUCGGUGAUUUUCGCUUCUCGAGUAAUAUCAUUACUCCAAUGACGAAGACACAGGCGUACAGUAUCUCGCUUGGAGAUGUCUCUUUCCAUGUCUUGGACCAGAAGUAUCCUCAUGACAGAGAAAAUAGUUCACUUUGUCGUGCAAAUCUUGUGUGGAGAUCGGCUUCUACCACAGUCUCGAGCCCACCGACUUCUGUUUUGCCGCCAACAGCAGAAACAUUACUCCGCGAGCUCGGAUUUGUGAAGGUCGUCUCCUUGGAUACAGUUGAUGCUGUUAUUCUUACGAGAGAAAAGGCAAAUAAAGCAGCCUAUGAACCAAAAACGCUUACUUGCUUGACGUUUGGUACUCUAUCCAUGAGUGCAUGCAAGGAUUCUUUCAGUUGUUUCGCAACGAGCAUGGGGGAACUUAAUGCCAAACUAACAGCCCUUACGGAUGAAGAUAUCGAUACUCUGCGAGAGGAAACGGAUUCUGAAGAAGUCGCAAGUGAAAAGGGCCCAGUUACAAGUGAAGUCACUGAGGUCCCUAAGACUUUUGUCGGGCCCACUGGUGUUGCAGGCAACGCCCAAAAACAGAAGCCACGAGCACAAUUUUUGGACGGAUAUGAUUGGACCACAGUCGAUCAUGAUCCAUUGCCAGAACUGCCAAUCCCGGAAGGCUAUGAGCAGGUAGCGGGGUGGUAUGGCGCUUUUCGAGAGGGGCAAGAUUCACCAAUUAGGAAUGGAACGACUCCGCGAAUAAUACAACAGCACUUUCCACUGCAUGCGGUAUCAGACCCAUUGUCUGAUGGUGACUUGGGUGCUUCGAAACAUGCUGGGGAUGAUGCGAAUGUUAAGCUCAAGUCGCGAUUGAUUAUUCAUCAACUUUCGGUUAAGCUUCGCUUCUUCGACGGAUACGAUUGGCCUUCAAGAAUGAGUGCUGAGCAGAGAAAAGCAGCCGGUCGUCAAGGCUCAUCCUUUGUUAUCGAAACACUACCUGAAAGUGAACGUCUUGCGCUAAAGGAACAGCAAAAGAAGGAAGCUAAAGCUAAAAAGAGUACAAAAGCACAGCUGCUGAGUAACCUGUUGGGUCCAGCAGAAGAGACUACUUCAACUUUUUACGCUGCACCCUUACCUGAAGAAAAAGCGGCAGCGAUCGAAGCAAUGGAGAAGGUUCGGCGGUUUUCCCGGAAACCCCAUCUUUUCUUUCAAUUGUCUGCGAAUGGGGUGACUCUGCGGAUAGAUUCCCUCGAAAAUGAUCCUUCCCACCGAUUGGUCAGCAUUAUGGCCCUUUCUGUUGCCGAUUUAUUCAUUGCGGAAACAGCGAGCGGACCAUCUCCUAUCAAGAUGCUUGGAGAAUGGGUGAACGACAGUGAACAUCCACAUGAUACUCGAUACGGCACUCUCAUGAUGAAGAUGGUAACUUGGCAUCCUAAAACCAGAGUUACAGAAGAGAAUGAAGUGGCUAGUGACGAAUGCGAAAUGACAAUCCAAAUCCUACCUAUGCGUUGCAUCCUGGAUCAACGCGCCAUUAACUUUAUCAAGGCAUUUUUCCAUAACGAAGAGAAGGAGGGGAAUGAUUCCGAGAAAUGGAAUGCAGGCUUACAUUACUUGCCUCCGCCACUCUUCCGAAUUGCCCGAGUAAAGCCGUGGAAACUGAAGGUUGACUAUUUGCCACAGAAAUUGGAUGUUGAUGCGCUGCGAGAAGGUAGCUUUGUGGAGCUUGUGAAUAUUAGCCCGAUUGAUGGAAUGGUCAUUACACUGAGUCUUGCCAAGGUGGAGAAUCUGGAUGGUUUUGGUGCAGUUGGCGGCGGACUGGCUGGAAAGUGGAUCCAAGAAAUUGUGGCCACCCAGUUGCACAAGUUUUUAGCCAAUGCCCGACCAUUUGAACCCUUUUCCAAUGUUGGUCAAGGAGUUGGAGACCUGAUUGUGUUGCCAUAUGAAGCCUUUCGGAAUGGAGAAGAUAUUCGACGAGCCUUGAGUUCUGGGAUCAAGUCCUUGGCGGAAACCUUUGCCUUUGAGACUCUGACGACGACAUCCCGUUUGACACAGUAUGCUGCCAACCGGAUGGCAGGUACCGUCCGAGGAAGACGACGAGUCAAUGUCGCAUCCAACCCCCUACCCUCGCGUCCUAGCCAUGCUCCUAGGGGUGUCAGUGAUGUCACAGGACACGCCAUGGAGAGCCUUGCCCGUGGAUUCCAAGCUGCCAACUACAAGGUAAUCAUUGUGCCCUACCGCGAAUACGUCCGCAAUGGAGCCACGGGUGCCGCCACGAGUGUCAUCAAGGGCGUCCCUGUCCUGCUAGUAGCUCCACUGACCGGUGCCACGGAAGCCCUAUCGUACACUUUAUUGGGAGCUCGCAAUGCAUUGCGACCCGACAUUCGCAAAGAAGAGGAAGCCAUUCGCCAUGGAAUCACUGGCUAUGACAUGUGA